AUGAAGCUCAGUUCGUUGAUAGUCUUGAGGCCUGUUUGUUUCUUCAUUGUCCUCGCAUUUGUCGUGCUGCUGCUACCAGGUCUGUUGAUCCCAUUUUGGAUUACCAAGGUCAAAAGAGUUGAAGAUGAAGUGAAGUUGAUUUCACAAAAUCUCCACCAAAACCUACAAUCAGAAAUAGAGAAUAUGGCAACAUUGUUAACUUCAAUGAAUUCAUCGGCAACCAAUUUAAGGAGAGUAUUAAGCUCUUCUCUGGAUGAGACUGAACUUGCCUUCUCUCAGAUUGAAACUAAGGUGGCUCCUUCAUUGUUUCAAUCAUUGUCAACAAUCCCUCACUUGUCCCAGAUUUCAUACAUUGGAUUGGAUGGUUUGUUCUUCUCCUACUACACUGAAGGCGCUCAACCAUUCGCCGUGUAUUCUAACUCAUCGUUUUCUACUAACCCGAAUGCUACAACAAAUUAUGCUUGGUACACUCAGCCUGUAAAUCGUGACACCGGGAAGCUAUAUGGAGGAGCUGUUAAGUCUCUUCCGUCUGUUACAUUUAAUGCAAGCUGGUUUCGAGAAGCCCUGAAUAGUACAAGUGGAUACGCUUCGUUAGGAACUGUGUGGAAUAACGCUCAAGAUCUUCUGUUCCUUAACACAGUGGGUAUGGAUGGAAGAGGAGCCAUCUCCCUGGGGUUUACAGUGAAACCAUUAGUUGAGAUCUUCUCGGGCAUAAAUUACAAUGGUGGAAGUUUUUAUUUGGCAACAAAGGAUGGGAAAGUACUCAAUGAAGGGAUCCCAAACACCCGCAUGAUCCUUGCUGAUAAUUCAGUUUCAUUUCAAUUACUGAAAUCAAGUGGUGAUCAAAUAGGCCAAAUUGGCAAUGUUACAUGUGAAUCCAAUGAUGGCUCAUCAAGAGCGUCUAUCUUGAACAUUUGGGAGACGAAAUAUAUUAUUUAUUGUUCCACGCUUGACAUAGUUGGAGUGCAAUCGGUGUAUGCGUUGGCUUUACCACACAAGGGGCUAGAGAGCCUUAUUCACAAAAAUAUCCAAAUUGCAUUCGUGCUCCUUGUGCUAAUGAUUUGCUCAAUGGUUCUCUACAUUUUCAUUUUCGUGUUCUUAACUGUUAGAGCUGCCAGAAGAGAGAUGUACUUAUGCGCAGCACUCAUAAAGCAAAUGGAAGCAACUCAACAAGCAGAAAGAAAGAGUAUGAAUAAGAUUCUUGCCUUUGCAAGUGCCAGCCACGACGUGCGUGCUUCUCUAGCCGGCAUCACUGGUCUGAUAGAGAUAUGCCGCGAUGAAGUUGCUCACGAAUCAGAGUUGGAGACAAACUUGAUACAAAUGGAAGCUUGUACAAAGGACCUUUUGGGUAUACUAAAUUCCAUUCUUGAUACAAGUAAAAUUGAAGCUGGCAAGAUGCUUCUUGAAGAAGAAGAAUUUGACUUGGCACGGCUACUUGAAGACGUGGUCGAUUUAUACUAUCCUGUUGGUCUGAAGAAGGGUGUAGAUGUGGUGUUGGACCCCUAUGAUGGCUCUAUUACCAAAUUUUGUCAUCUUAAGGGAGAUCGUGGCAAAUUAAAGCAGAUAUUAAGUAAUUUGUUGAGCAAUGCUGUAAAAUUUACCUCGGAGGGACAUGUAUCUGUUCGAGCUUGGGCAAAGAAACCUAGUUUUGAAAAUUCACUACUGGCUUCCAAUCGGAACAAUUCAUUAACAUGCAUGUCGUGCUUGUUCUCUAAGAAUGACAAAGCAUACAACGGUUUGGAAGCCAUGAAUACAGCUCAACAAGAUCCAAACUGCAUGGAAUUUGUUUUUGAGGUAAAUGACACGGGAAAGGGAAUUCCCAAAGAGAAGAGAAAAUCUGUUUUCGAAAACUACGUUCAGGUCACAGAGACAGCUCUUGGACAAGAAGGCACCGGCUUAGGGCUUGGUAUUGUUCAAUCCCUGGUACGUCUAAUGGGUGGAGAGAUAGGAAUUGUGGACAAGGAAGAUGGUGAAAAGGGAACUUGCUUCAGAUUCAACACCUUCCUCACCGUAUGUGAGGCGGAGGUAAGUGGUAAUGCAAGGGAAGAUGACACUGAGUCCCAUGGUGGUUACAUAUCUAGUGACUCAUAUCAACAUUCGGGGCCAACCACUCGUAUCCACAGUCCCAAGCUAGAAGGAUCCCAUAUCAUCCUCUUCAUUCAGAGCAAUGAAAGGGCUAAGAUUUUGCACAAAUACAUGGAGAACCUCGGGAUAAAAGUGUCAGUUGUAAAUCAGUAUGAGCAGCUUCCUCGCAUUCUCAAGAGGACCAAACAAAGGAUGAUCCUUUCCCGUUACAGUUCUUCAGGAAGAUCUGAUAUGAAUUCGAGAAGUGACUGCCUUAGCAGACCCGCAUCCCGGAACUCGAGUACUAGAUCAAAGGAAGUGCCAUUAAGUGCCAUGGAUGGAACAGAUCAUACACUAUCCCUCCAAACAAGGACUCAACUUAGGGGCACUUCAAACUUCAUAUUAAUUGUGAUUGACACAAGUGCUGGACCAUUUCGAGAACUGAGUAUGGCUGUAGCAGAAUUUAGAAGAGAUCUUUGUAGUACUUGUAAUAGGGUUGUUUGGAUAGCUAAAGCAGGUGCUCGCAGCAUUAAUGCUCAAGGCCUUGAUGAAGACAAGCUACCUCCUACAGAUCUGAUCAUAUCUAAGCCAUUUCAUGGAUCACGCUUGUAUCAAGUGAUAGGUCUUCUACCGGAGUUUGGGGGUAGAAUGCCCGCCACACCACCAAAAAUAAAGGGAGAAAACACUCACAUGACACCAAGAUUAAGGCGUUCUCCGGCUGAAAACCUUUCGACACAUCAGGGGGAAAUACAAGAACUUGGUGGCACAAGCACUAAUAAACCCUUGAGCGGGAAGAGAGUAUUGGUGGCAGAGGAUAGUUUAAUGUUGCGCAAAGUAGCAAUGUCUCGGCUUUCUCAGCUUGGAGCAAGCGUUAUCCUGUGUGAAAAUGGGGAAGAAGCUCUGCAACUAGUUUGCCAAGGACUAAGUGAUCAGAGGAGACGUGGAGCUUCUCAUAUUCUACCUUUCGAUUACAUUUUAAUGGAUUGUCAGAUGAAUUUGAUGGACGGGUUUGAGGCAACAAGACACAUACGAGAAGAGGAGGAAUAUUAUGGUGUUCACAUACCGAUCAUCGCGUUAUCUGCUCAUUCUUCAACAGGUGAGGAGGCAAGCAUGAUGAUUCAGGCCGGUAUGGAUUAUUGUUUAUCCAAACCACUGAAUGAGGAACAGCUUAUGGAAGCCAUUACUUACAUUCAUAGCAGAUGA